UUAACGGAAAGAUGACUACGUCCUCCCCGCAAGCCUGCGCGAAGAAAUUAAAAGUUUAUUGCCCUAAAUUCGGAGGAGAGUUACCGAGGCAGCUCGCAGUGCAAUGUUCGGUCCCGGUCGCUACGCGCCUCGCUUUAAACGGUCGCUGAGCAUCCCUCGACGGUGGAAGUGGUGAGACGGUAUUCACGGCUCAUUUCUGACAUCUAGUGUCAUCUGGAGACACGUCGAAGAUGAUCAACCCGCAGAUAUACCUCCACUACAACUACACAGGAAAGCUGGACCACCGGCCCAACAGUGGGAAGAGCAGUGGUGUCAUGGACAUCAAAACCAUCGUGUUCCUCAUCAUAUGCAGCUUUAUUGUCUUGGAGAACCUUGUUGUGCUGAUAGCCAUAUGGAAAAACCACAGGUUUCACAAUCGCAUGUACUUCUUCAUUGCUAACUUGGCACUUUGUGACAUGUUGGCUGGAGUGGUCUACUUGGUCAACCUACUCCUGUCAGGGGAGAAGACCCUGCAACUAUCGCCAGCUUUCUGGUUUGUCAGAGAGGGAAGCAUGUUUGUAGCACUAGGGGCAUCUAUUUUCAGUCUCCUGGCAAUUGCCAUAGAGAGACACUUGACCAUGAUCAAAAUGAGACCUUAUGAUGCUAACAAGAACUACAGGGUGUUUCUGCUCAUAGGGACUUGCUGGCUGAUUGCAGUAUCUUUAGGGGCUUUGCCCAUCCUAGGCUGGAACUGCCUGGACAACCUCCCGGACUGCUCCACAGUUCUUCCUCUCUACACCAAGAAAUACAUGGCUUUCUGCAUCACCAUUUUCAUGGCUCUGCUCUUAGCAAUCUCAGUCCUUUAUGCCCGCAUCUACACACUAGUGAAGUCUAGCAGCCAAAAGGUGAGCAAGUACAGCAACUCAGAGCAUGCUAUGUCACUGUUGCGCACUGUCAUCAUCGUAGUAGGGGUCUUCAUCGCGUGCUGGACACCCAUCUUCAUCCUGCUGCUAGUGGAUGUAGCAUGUGAGCGGCGCCGGCGCUGCUCCAUCCUCUACAAGGCCGACUGGUUCAUUGCGCUGGCCGUGCUCAACUCGGCUAUGAACCCGAUUAUAUACACUCUGGCCAGCCGGGAGAUGAGAAGGGCCUUCCUGGGCCUCGUGUGUGGCUGUUGCUUCAAGGAGAAGGCAUCAAUCAACGGUAGCUGGGCCAAGCCAUCUCUUGAACCCAGCCGCAGCAGGAGCAAAUCUUGGAGCAGUCAGAACAAUCCCAAUCUGAACCAGCAGGGCUCAAGGCAGACUGAUGUGGAAAAGGAGCAGGAGAUGGAUACGGUCCAGGGUGAGGUCGCAGUGGUGACAGAAUUGGACCACAGUGCUGCAUAGGCCAACCGAAAGAGAAACGGGAUUGAAAAAGGGGAGCAAGAAGGAAAACUGGGAAGGUGAUCGGAGUACUACUUUACGCAGUAUAUCCUGAUGUUACUACACCACGGUCCUAGUGACAAACAUUACCAAGGCAAGAAAAUGUAAUAAGUUAUGCAGCAAUUUGAUUUGGGAGAUAGAUAAAUAAUGUUAGGUGAUACAUUAGGCCUGGAUUGUAGAAUAAUAUAUUUAUUCUCUUUCUGAUUAUGGCAUCACGUUUUCUCCUUUAACAUGGGAGCUCAUUAAAAGGUCAACAGAUUAGAUUGAAUCAAGGCUGACUCAUGCAGACCAAGUCAAAAUCAAGAGUAUUUCUCAACUAUACCUCAUAAUUUCCCAUGAAUAAUAUCCUCGAACUUGAAUGAAUAUACAGGCCCCUCAAUGAUUGUGGAUUGAACCAUAAAAGGAAUUAAUAAGCAACAAAUUACCUGUAAAAAAAUUACGGUCAAAAUUGGGUUGCUAGUUCUCUGUUUUUUGUUUGUUUGUUUGUUUGUUUGUUGUUUGUAUGAUGCAACGGUAGUAAUGCAUGACAAUAUAAUGGCAAUAUUGAGUAGUUGUUAUGAUUAUUGUAAUGAAAAACGAUGAAUUUAUUUAUUUUAUACAGCCUUUGUAAAAAAAAUGUUAACUCAAUUGAAGAACAAUAUCUUAUGGGACUGCAGCAUGUGACGAGCAUAUUUAAGAUGAAAAUUCAAUUCAAAGAGCACGUCAGCCCUCCAUUUGUAUGCAAUAUCAACAAUAUUUUGGAGAUAAAAGCACGUCAUCUUGCAUCAUAUUACUUAGAACUUGUGUCUGGUAUGUAGCAGUUAAUGGUUUCCAUUUUCUAUGUCCUAGUGAAGCGGAGGGAUAAUGCCCCCCCUGCUGGUUAAAUAAGGCUAUCUCAGUUUGCAACGUGCCGCAUGUUCAAUGCAGACUUUAUAAGAGUUUACAGGAGUGCCUUUUUUUUCUUUUUCGUUUUUUUAGUAUUUUUCAGCUGAUUAUUUAAACAAGUCUGCAGAUUCUUAAUUUACUCAAGCCCCACAAGCAUGAAGCUGUCCAGCAAAAGAGUAAUUUAAGUCAUUGGACUGAAAAGGCAUGACAAUUUGACAAAAAAAAAAAAGGGCAUGAAGAGCAUGUGAAAAUUAAAGUUAAGUAAACUCCUCAAUGUGAUGCAAAAUGUAUGCAUCUUUAGGAUUAUUCUCUAGAAAUCUAGUCUGCAAGAAGGUCAUAUAUGCAAAAGAAAGCCACACACAAAUCUCUUAUAUGGCUGGUCGAUGUCAUAGCUUCAAGGACAGUACCUUGUCUUUUGACUCAUCACAAUGUUACAUGGCUGUAGAUGGGUAUAAGCUUCACACAGCUGAAUCAUCCCCUAACAGCUACGUUUUUAGCUGUUGUAGUGGCAUCAGAAAUAAUAAUAAUGAUAAUAAUAAUAAUAAUAAACAUCUCAUAUCCUAAGGAAGGCACUAUCCAUCAAAUAGACUUCUCCCUCAUUCUAACCCUAGGCCCAAGGAAUGGGCCCGGUUAUUAUGUUGUAUUAUGGCAUGAAAUUAAAGGAAAUUUGUAUAAUAAUAAUAAUAAAAAAGAAAAAACAAGCGCUUGUACACAUUCACGGUUUUAUUGCCAACAGUCAUACAGAAUAAUGAUUAACCCAUACAACCAAAAGAUUA